AUGCCCACUCCUCGUACCCCCCGUCGAACCCCCAAUCGUGGGAGCGCGAGACCGGCCCAGUUUAAGGAGAUUAAACCUCUCGAUCUCGGUGAGGCUUUGGGGCCCCAUGAUUCAGCUACAGUGAGAGAAAAGGUUCGCAAGUGGCAGCAGCUCGGUGGAGGGGUCGUGAUAGCGCCAGAUGUUGGGGCCGGCAGUGACGAGGACGAAAGCUCGUCAGGAGCCGCUAAGGUGAAGGAGCCAAAGCAAACACCAGAUAAAAGCCCAGCGGCAAGCAAACGGCCUACUACGCCCAAGGACAAGACUACUCCAGAGCCUGACCGGAAGACGAAGAGCCCUACCAAGACAAAGGUCACGCCGCGGACAACACCUCGGUCUACACCUAGAACUACACCUAAGAAACGAGUGGUCAGCGAUGCCCACUGGCGACGGAACAGGUCUCCUCCUCCCAGCUCCAGUGCCCCCUCGUCUGCACAUGCUACCCCAACUAGACGUAAAGAUGUGCUACAACGGUAUGAGGAGGCCAAGGAAAAAGCAGCAAGGUCAUCUGGCAUCAAGGACAAUGACGGAAUUGCAGUCUAUCCGGGGCCAUUACGGGUUCCCGAAACUCUCAAGUCGACCUCUUCUGCGUGGAGUUCUGACGUAGGCUCCUCUGCUGGCGAAGGGACCCCAGACUACAGCGGCCACGAAAAGACUUCGCCCCAGAAACGUACGCCAAAGAGGACUCUGAGGCCGAACUAUUGUGUCAACGAUGACAAGCCUCGUCUAGGCUCACCUAGGAGGAAGAUCCAAUCUCCGGAUAUACCUCGAGCAAGCAGCCCACGGAAAAAAUCUCUUUCGCCAAAUCAGGCUGAAUCUCCUCCAGAGCCAGCUCCUGCAAAGCCUGAACGAGCUGAACCGGUUCGAAGAAGUGAAAUUAGGCCACACAAUCUGCUUUCGGGGAACAUCAUCUCUCAGGUCAUAGAUGAGUCUAAGAAGAUGUUUGCGAGCAUAAAACCCCCAGAGCCAUCACCACCUCCCCAGCAACAUCAGUCUUCUCCGGGACCGUCAGUGCCUCAUGGAUCUAAGGUUGAGGCCUGGUUAUCAUCUACAGCCAAUGCCGAUCCUUUUGUUGACGACAAUACUUCAACCAUCAGCGCGCCAGAGCCCUUGAGAUCUUCUACUACCAGAUCGUCCAUCCCGCAUAAAGAACACUCGGAUAGUGAGUGUGAACACGAGAGCACGAAGAAACGCCCAUCUCCUUCCUCAGACACCAAAGUACGGCCGACCAAACCCGUUAGGGGAAAAUACGACUAUUCCGAUGGAAGUGACAGUGACGAAACACAUAGGGCCAAGUCCACUCCACGCAGAAGGGAGUCCAAAUCUGAUAUGUCGGUAGACAGUGUCACUGAUUCCCAGCCUUCUACUUUAAACCGAGGAAAAGCAUCUUCUAAAUCGCGACGACACUUGAGCGCAUCUACAGAGGCAGAGAGAAUGUCUAAGCUGAGAGAGUCGGUUGAAGAAGCUCUGCAAGGGUCCAGCUUGGACAGGCCAAUUUCUUCUGAUGGAUCUGAAGUCUCGGCAGUCGACCGUCCACCGCCUUUGAUGCUAAAACGACCCUUCCCUAGUACUGGAGGCCAUAGGCUCUCAACAAUUGCAUCUGUAGAUACUUUAACUUCAAGCACCAAUACCAGCACCACUGCCAGGGAGACAUCAAGCCACCCCCUCACCCAGUCUGAACUGACCUCCCAGCUUGACGACGGGGACGAUGAUGCAGUCUCCGACUCCGAGAAGAGAGACAAAUUUGACCCCAGCUCCUUACCAGGACCAACACAACCAUUGAAGCGCCGACUAACCAAACAUUCGGAUCUCAUGUCUGUCUUAUCAAUCCCUGGAGGCAGAAGCCGCAGCAUACGGUCCGCGAGAAGCAUCCGUACAAACAGGAGCCGUCUAGCCAAUGCAACUGUGAGCGAUAUCAUGCGGGAGCUCGCAUCGGACGAAGUGAAGUAUAUGCGUGAAUUGAGGACCCUGGUCGGCGGUGUUAUUCCUGUGCUAUUGACUUCAAUCCUCUCUCGGGCGGAUUCAGCUAUUGCUGCCGGCCUGUUCCGACGUACAGCCGAUCCAGCUGACCAGGAAAACUUCACUCGGCCCAUUAUAAACAUGGGGGUUUCCCUGGAAAAACUCAAGGCUCUUCACAAACGGUUGCCACUGAACAACACAGACGCACUCUUGUCGUGGGCCGUAAGUGCCCAAAAGGUGUAUGCAGACUAUUUGAGUGCCUGGAGACUCGGAUUUCAGGAUGUUAUCGUUAACCUGGCACCCCCCGAUCCAGAGGACCCCCUCAAGGCUGAAACCCAGAGCUUGUGCGCUGGUAUGGCACAAGAUGAAAAUGGUGAUGUGAUUGAUGGAGAUGGGGAGAGGGUAGAUGUUGCAUUCUUACUGAAGAGACCCCUUGUCAGGUUGAAAUAUCUAUCGAAGACUUUUAAAGGUCUAAACUACGUCCAGCCAUCCCCCAAAGCAGGUGAAGUUGCAGAGACCUACCAGAAGCUAGUCACAGAUGCUCGACGGAGAGCAAAUGAAGAACGAUCCAGACUUGAAGAUGAUGCUGCAGCGAGCAUCGAUGCAUCCAGAGCUCGCGAUAUACAUACUCUAGCCAUUCUCAAGGAUGUGGAGGUUAAUCAGACUAGGAGGGUUCGUGCCCGCGACUUCUUUGACCUCUCCUUGCUACAUUCCACAGGACAACAAAUCGACUGCAGGGCCGAGUUACUACUCCGAGAUAAUGCACCUGGCGAAGCCCCUGGAGGUGAUCUUUUUAUUUGUGAGGUUGACGAGACGGACCGUUGGCUUCUGUUUCCCCCAAUUGAUUGUACCUGCAUCUCAGCCAGGAACGGAGACGAACAGGGAGAAAUUGUACUCAUGGUUCGCGCAUCUGCUGGAAAUUCAACCGAAUGGUACGAACUGUUGUCAUUUAUAACAGAUGACGAGCAAAUUGGUUUCGAAUGGGUACAAAUGAUUGGCCUCAAUCCUGUUCCGCCCAAGAUAAAUAGGUCUCUCAGCUUUGUUAACCGUGCAAAGGAGAGGAAGGAGAAACUGGCACAGGCACGUCAAGCCAGUCAUAACGGUACCAUUCCCAUCCGCGAUUACGACCCUUCUGAGGUUGAUGUGCCCAUUGGAGAGAAGGCUACUGUGGUUGGUGAAGAUAUUGGCCAUAAAAAGGAAUCCACCAGCAAUAAACAUGACGCUGCUCCCCCAACGACACCCUCCCGCGGCCCAGGAGAGACCGUAGAAUUAACAAGCAGCGUGUCACCAUUAACACUAAAGAGGUCCAAAGCAAACCGGCGGUCGAAGUACGAUUUUGCCUCACCAACCAGUCCAGUUUCCUCUGACAUCCAGUCACCCAAUAGGGAGUCGUCCAAUAGACCGUCCUCACCUUUGCUCUCCAAAGAAGACCGCCGUGGUCGUGAUAGGACUCCAUCGCCAACCUAUAGUAGCGGAGGCAAACAAGCAAAACGCCCGAUUGCAUCUCUGGUGCAACCUCACGGGCGCCGCUCCCUAUCACCUGUCCCAUCAUUGGAAUUCCCCACAAUUCCGAAGCUGAGAAAGAGCUCGAAGGAUUCACCUCCCACUUCACCGAAGAAUGUCCCCCUUCCCGCUUCUCCAGUUCAAAAGCCAGAGGAUAAGGUUGAACAAAGCACGCCUAGCAAGGGGAGGAAGUCUCUUGUUAACGGCGAAAAGCCCGCUAGGGCAUCCAGCGAUGACCAAGUGUCCAGCGAGGACGCACCUAUACCACCGCCACAUAGUACCCCUAGCCCGGUGUCAUCAAAACAACUCAAGAGCCCUGUUAUCAGCCCGCCAGCACCCCCCUAUGCACGUCACCGACGGACCUCAUCACCACUUAAGCACGAGUACGCUCCCUCAACAGCCUCAGAGUCUUCUGGGUCAGAUACAAGCUCUAUUCAUCGAUAUGAUGUUGAUUCAUCGUCCGAAACUUCAGACGAGGAAUUGGAGGACGAUGAUAUCCCAACUCCUUUACCACCCAUCACUCGCCGCCUUUCCAAGCGCGCACCACCGCUUGAGUCUGUGGAUGUUACCCCUACAAAUAGCCGACCAACUUCUGCGCACCGGUCCUCACCGAAAUCUAUCCAUAGCUCUUCCGACCGGGCGUCCAAAACGAUUGCAUCAGUAUUUUACUGGCACGACAAAGGAUCAUGGGAGCCACUUCACCUUAACGAAUGUCAUAUCAUUGUCUCUCCUGGUUUGAUUGAAGCAUUUGAGCUUGGUUCGAGCCACUCUAGACCAUCUAGCCAAGGCAAUGGAUCGGCCCCUGAAUCCACUCGACCAUCUGGGCGACCUUUAGUUGCUCUUGAGCUUACCCCCUUGGUACCAAUUCGGCGUGGAACAGCCAUCGAUAUAAGUAUUCGUUCUCCUCCCACUGCACGGUCCAAGGUUUCUUCUGGCAGCAAUGUUAUGUUCCGAUCCCGCAACCCAGAUGAUUGUGACAAGCUCUACGGCCUGAUCAACCACUCUCGUAUUAACAACCCAACAUACAUUGCUUUGCAAAACGCUGUGCCUUACCCCAGCCAGCCUACUUCAAUUUCAAGACAGAAUUCUACCCGAUCUACUAAGGGUGGCUGGUUCAGCUGGCAUGGUGGUUUCUCGAAGAGUAGUUACCGCGCAUCUACUGCACCACCUGCCUCCCUAGCAGCCGGAACAGAGAGUAGUGUCGGCACUAUGUCCAGUGCUUUCUCUGCACUGAAACGUUUUGGAGCUGGAAGCAAAAUGUUUAGCAUCGCAAGAUCAACACUUACCUCUCGCAACGGCCGUGACGACACAAGCUUAUACACCUCUACCUCAACCGGCUCAGGAUCAGGACGACGCAUCUCUUCAACUAACCCGGAAACUGCAAAGAUGGCAGCGGAGGGUGGAAUCGGCUUGACAAAUGCAAAAAUACGUCUAUACAUCCGUGAAUCAGCAGCGAAAUGGCGAGAUCUGGGAGCAGCAAGACUUACCAUUCUGCCUGCAGACCCUACUCCUUCAAAUACUCCCCCCAAUCACCCUGACGACCAAGAACCAAGCGGCACCUCAAGCCCACCAUCCGGCUCUGCUGGCGACCCUGCCGCACUUUUGGCCGGUAGAAACGGUGCACCAGUCAAGGACGAGAAACGUAUCCUGAUAAAAAGCAAAAUCAGUGGCGAGACUCUGGUCGACGCAUGCUUGGGUGAAAGUGCCUUUGAGCGAGUCGCUAGAACUGGAAUCGCAGUAUCCAUCUGGGAAGAAUAUGAUGGAAUUGCAUCUGAAGGCGGUGUUGUUGGUGGAUGCUUCAAAGUGUACAUGAUUCAGAUGAAGGGUGAAGCAGAGGCUGCAUAUACCUUUGGCCUUGUCGGCAAGUUGAGAUAUUAA